AUUCUGUGGAAGCUGGAGGUACGGUCGCAGCGAUUCUGAAAUCUUGAGAGACUCCGGGAUCUCCUCGUCAACAAACAGUUCCGAAAACCUCAUCUCGCUUGUUAUUGUGUGUGGAUUAUUAAUUAAUUGCAUUUCGAAGAGUGACAACUUUAUUUACUAUUUGAUGUCAUCUUCAAACUGUGUUGGAUUAAUUUCAUAUCAAAAACUAAAUAUUCGUAUCGUUAUUAUAUCCUUCAUCGUCAUGCAAUGACUGCAACAUCUGUAAUCAAUCAAUCCAAUUACUUCCAAAGAUAGUUGAAUGAUGCCUGUACACCAAUUUCCAGAGUCCGACUGUAAAACCAGUCCAUUGGCGUUGCUGGUUCAAAUUUGCAGUAAUAUCGGAGCGGAGAAACCAACGACUAAGAACUCAUCUGACAAAAAUGGCAAUUCAGGUGGUGGUAGUAACAGCAACAGCAGUAGCAACAGUAGCAGUGAAGAAAUUAGAGUUACCAAGGACAAGGAUGUACUCUCCUGCAGUCCAGCAAAUAGUGUCCACUCUGCUUCUUCAUUAACCAGUUCUAAUAGGACGUCUAGAGGAGAAGAAGCUUCUGGAUUUACAAGCAGUAAUUCCAAGAGGAACACUCCUUCUGAAUGUCGUUCAUCACCGCUACUGGGUCGAUCCUCCGUAGAGCGGAGGACAACUCCCAGCAGUGCCCAUUCUCCGGACAAUGGUUCCCAUCACCGACCCAAGUCAAGGGGAGAAAAAACUCCCACGUCAUCUUCGGCGAGUGCUACGACUUCUAGUCAUGAUUCUCACCAGACUACAUCGUCUUCGGGUGGAUCAGCAAGCAAUUCUACGACCGAACCUACGUACAGUUCCUCAUCUCUUGGUUUGGACUUCUCAAGAGACGGUAGUAGUGGUCUUCUGAGUGGUAAGGAUGUCGGAUCAACCAGUUCACUUGGUCUCGGCAGUUAUAAAGCUGGUCUAAAUGGACUGAAUCCCCUGGCAUUGGCUAAUUGUUCUGGCUGUAGCCCAGUUGCUGGUCAUAUACCAAUGGACGCUGCGUCCACUUAUCCCCUUGCUGGGGCUCUAAAGGGCGGUUAUUCAUUUGGAUCCGCCUUGUCGCCUUACAUGAACUAUGCUCGAAUGAAAAGUGCUGCUGCUGGCGGUGCUACAACCUUCGUGCCCGUGUGUCGUGAUCCCUUCUGCACCAACUGUCAACUAGCUGCUCAGUUGCCCUACACACAGGAUAGGCUAGCCGCUCAUAUGUCCGGUCUGUACCCGGGAGGUAUGCCUGGGUAUCCAGUACCCGGCUUCGCAAGCCCAGCAUCCUCUGCAUUCGCCUCAUCCGUUCUGCCGAGACCGAAUGUCUGUAGCUGGGUUUCUGGUGAUUCUCUCUGCGGCAAACUUUGUGCCUCAUCUGAAGAACUUUUGCAGCACGUGAGGACUCAUAGCAGCUUGUCUGGUACAAAUGGAGCUCUACCUAUGUACUCUUCUGGGGUCAGUUUGCCAUCUGCCCUUGCUAUGGAUGCCUGUGGCCUGUAUACUACCCCUUCUCUGACUUCUCCUGCUGGUCUCAGAAGGACCUAUCCCACAAGUCUGAGUCCAGUCAGUUCUCUAUCAGCAGCAGGGAGAUAUCAUCCCUACAAACCACCUGGACUAUCCCCAUUGUCAUCUGUACCACUUCGCCCACUAGGUCACCCUGGACUGAGUUUCUAUAAUCCUUACAGUGGUGUGUAUGGUAAAGGGUAAUAGUGGAUUGUUAUGAUAUGUAUAUAGAAUUCUAUACAUAAAUAUAAAUAUAUCGACUUGCAGUGGUGUGCCCAAAAUCUAUCCAAAACGGUCAUGAACUAUUGAUGUCAUCAUUGACCGUAAUUUUUUUUUUUUUUUUUUUUUUUUUUUUCCUUAUAAUUAUUUCUGCUGACAACAUGUCUUUUCUGCAAAUGACUAUAUGAAACUGAAUAGCAUUAUUCAAAAGCUAAAUAAUAUUUCAAAAUUAGAUUUUACUUUUUGUUCAUUGUAAAGCAUAUUACAAAGGUCGUACGAUGCAUUUUUAUUUUAGUAAUUGCCAUUGUAAACUUUAAGCUCAGUUUAACUUCUAAUAUCGUUUGGGCACCCCACUGUUCACAUGUAAUAAAUAAUAGCUUAGAUCGUGAUCUAAAAAUGAAAGUUUUGUUCGUUUAUAAAUAGAAAUUAAUAGUUUAAUUAAAAUGUAGUGAUAUCUAUUGCAGGGGAUGUGCAAAAGCUGUUAAAAUACCUUUUUUAAGCUUGGAAAUAAAAUUUCCAAAACUAUUCAUUUUUCUUUUAAUGCUUGUCAUUUGUUUAAAAAUUUCAACGAAUAUUUUUGCCAUAUAAUUAUAUAUUCUUCGAUGAAAUUUAGAUUAAAUAUUUCAAAGAUUCUUUUUAAGAAAUGCAAAUUAUUGAGAAUUAAAAAAUUUACCCAUACAAUGUAACAAACACACACAUACAUAAAAAGUUAAAUUAUUAAUUUAAUAUUUAUUUUCUUUCUAAACUAGAGUUAAGAAAAUUAUAUUAUCGCAUUUCAAAUAUUCUUCAAGAUUUAUUUAAGUAUAUGCAAGCUAUAGAAAAUUAGACUUAAACUACAUUGUAAGUGAUGCAUAUAAGUAUCAUUUACAGAUUUCCGCAUUUAACAAAAUUCAGUAUUUAUUGAUUAAUUUUAUUAUCAAUCAAUAUAUAAAAUUGCUUUUUGUCUUUUAAAACUGCUUCGUUUGAUAUUGAAAAAAAAAAUGUGUUUUGAAAUCUCUCUGUAGUAAAUAUUUACAAAGAAACCUCGUUUUUAAUAAUAAAGAUGCAUCGGUCCAUAUUUUUACAGUGAAAGUUAACAUUUCAAUUCAGUUUAUUUUAUUAUUUUGAUAUUGAAUGAGUGGACAUAGAUUUAAAGUAUGCUCUUAUGUAGAUUUAGAAAUGGUUUCUUUAUAACCUCCUCCUGACGCUCAAAUUAUUGUGCUCAUAUCACGAAUUAUAUUCGUAAAGCAAUAUGUACAGAUAAGCUUUUGCAUGUUCCCUUUCUUGACUCCUCCCAUUGAGGUUUUCUUUAUGUCCGAUGAAGUUGAAACUUUGUGUCUUUUGACUGUUAUUCGUUAUCUUUUUUUGUAUAUGAAAAGUGCCAUGCAGCGAAUCCAAAAUUGUCUGGUAUUAAAAAAAAAAAAAAAAAAAAAAUCAGGGAAUGAAUUUAUAAAUAAUUACUUGUAAAAAAAUACUUUAGAAUUUUAUUGGUUAAAAGAGUGAUCGGCACAGCUACCAAUAUUCUUUAUUUAGUGAUUCUCAACUUGUAAACCCUAAAUGUUUGAUAUCAAAAUAUAUUUAAAAAUAUAAUAUUUAAAACUAAAAUGAGAUUAUUGAAAGAGAUUAAUCAUUUAAAAAUUGAAAUAUAUUUUUUGAAAUUAAAAUUCAACAAAAAUCUCAAAAAGACUUCAAAUUAAUAAUGGAAAUUUGAGUCUUAAAUCUGUCAAGUUGAGAAUCACUUCUUAAUUUAAAUAUUAUAGUUACUUUAUUUAAUGUUGUGAAUAUUAGAAUUUUUAUAUUUGAGAAAAUUUGAUUUUAUUGUGAAUGCUAAAAAUGGGAAUUUUCUGAUCAUAUUGAUUUGAAUAGAUUUUAAAAUUUAUACCACAGUGAAGGAAAAGUAUAUAUUCCCUUUAGUAUUAUUAUUUAAAUAAGAUUUAAGAGAUCUGUUAUUGGAAUGUUUUGGAUGAAUUAAAAGUAGCUUAUUUGAGGUUUUUAUUUUUUUAAAAAUUCUUUAAGUACCAUUUAAUAUAAAUAUCAAACAAUUUAAAUUAAAUAUCAUGUAUUAAAAAUGGAAAUCAUUAUUUCCAAAAUAGAUUAUAAUUAUGUAUUUCUUUUUAACGGAAAUAUAAAAUAGAUUUUGCAAUUUAAGCAAUUUUUUAAUAUCAUAGACCAUUAAAAGUGCACUUUCCCAAAAUAAGUUCGAGAAUUAUUCUUAAUUAUGCAUAAUGGAUUUACAUUUAUCUCUUAUCACUUUUCAAUUGUAUAAAUAGUCCCUAUUUGUAUUACAACACUUGCAGCUGCUGGAGAUAGAUUGUGUGACGUCAUCGAUCAGAUGACAGGAAAGAACAAAUCAGCGAGAGCCUUGAAAUAUAAUAUUCUUUUGAGCUAAUUUAGAAUGCGAAAUGGCGUUCCAAAGAAAGCUAACCGUAUAAAUCGUGGUUUAUAGUGUAUUAUAACGGGUUUCUUAUUUCCUCCGGGUUAAAGAUCCCGAUUUUAUUUAUUCUCGCAAGUUCCGACCUCAGGAAUAGUUACAAUAAACUAUUAGUAAUCGCAUAGACAUGUAAAAUUCUGUUAAUCAAUUUUUGUUGUAUUAUUUUUUUUCAACCAAUAUAUUAUAAUGUAGGGAAACUUAUCUUUCGUUACUGUACUCAAAUUACAGGAGAUUUCAACUUAUAUUAAUAACUAUGAUAGCUUAAAAACUAUAUACUGCUGUGCACUUAUUAUAAUAGUUUAUCUGCUUUUAAGAAGUUAUUUAUAUUUAUUGAAAAAAAAAAGGUUUUCUAAACACAUGCUUUUAUCGGAGAAAUUACUGUUAUUUAUAUUAAAAAUUAUUUAUUAACUAUGCUUCCAUAAUUUUUAGGUUACUUUUUCCAAGCAGUACAUAUUUUGGAUACUUGCUUUAAAAAAAAAUUUAAACUUGACGCACUUGAUAACAUUUAUCUCUUCGAUUUUCUUUGCAGUUUUUGGAAAAAAAAUCUCUAAUGGCAUUUUAGAAAAUGCAUUUUUUUUUUUUUUUUUUUUAAUAUGCAAAAUGUUUGUUGAGGGAAAAGUGCAUUGCCACUGACGCUCAAACUAAUAUAUAAAUCAAACAAAUAUGGUAAUUAAAAUCAAGAUAUGGAAUAAAUUUCAAGCACAUAAUAGAAAAAUAAUUUUCCUCUGAAGAAAUUUGCAAGUAUUCAAAAUGUGCUGCUUGUCGAAAAUUUAUAUAUAGUGAAUAAAUAAAUAAAAUGUGAAGCAUUUUGGUUCAAUUUACAUUUUCAGACAUUUUGUUGAAAUUUUAAAAUAUUUAUGGUUGUUGAUUGUUUGCAUUUUUAUGAAUAUCCUUUUUGCUUUUUCGUGAAAAGCAAAAUAAAAAAAAAAGCUGUAUUUUAUUUGAUCUCUAAAAUUGUAUUCCUUAUUAAAUAAUUAAGCAAUGAAAUGCUUCUUUUCAUUUUUAUUUCUCAUUAAAAUUUUACUUAUCAUAUUAUAAAAUACAAUAUUUCCAAGAGGUUCUUAUUAAGUAAUUUUCCUCUGGACUUUUUUGCUUGUGAGAUAUUAUAUUUGAGAUUAUACAUAGUGUUAUUUGUUAAAAUAAUAUUUUAACUAUGUUAGUAUUUAUUAUUAUUAUUAUAAUUUUUUACCAUGAAAAUAUUUUUUUUCUUGAAAUAAUUCUUAGCUUUUGAACAAUGUCACUUCAAGCAUUUAUUCUGCCAUCACUGUUUUUGUUUCUUUAUUUUCAAUGUAGAGACCGUUUGAAUAGAAAUUAGACUUAUAUGUGUGAUUGUAAAUAUAAACUUUAUUGCACAUAAUAUACAUACAUUUAUGAAAAUUAUUGUUCUUCAUUGAAUUUUCUCUGGUCACGUUGAAUGCUAACUGCAGUGUGUAAAUAAUCUUAUUUCUAGA